GACAAUCAUCUCACAGUGACCGCUCGUCCCUGGGGUCUCCUGUACACAACUGUACAAAACGUCGGCUUCACUCCUCGUCUUCCACUGACUGUCUUCACCUCUCACCCGACAUCUACCCGGAGUUGCUUGUAUUCGGGUCUCAUGUGGAGUUUGGUUAACUAGUGACUCUCGUCAAGAGAGAUUGUAUACGGCAGUGUUUCAUUUGAUAGAGAUUGUGUGUCUGUGUUCGAAUCCUCUGUUCUCGGAAGCCUGUUUGUUCAGUGACGAAAACAUAUCGUUUUAAAACAGAGCCUCUGCCUCGCUGUUACGUGAAGCCCCAUACAUAUUUGAUCAGCGUUCUAUCUAGCUGGUAGGUGAGCAUCGGAACCGCUCGCCAAACGCCGGCGCCCACCUGGCUCAGGUAGAAGCAGACGACAUUCAACGCAGACGACACAAUGCUGGGUUUGACACUUGUGGCCUCCAAGCUUUAGGACGCAGGUGACACGGGUUGAUGACAGCAGCCCCACUGGGAUACAAUCAAGGAUGGGUUGAUAGUCAGAUUAAAGCUCCUACCCGAGAAAACUCUUUACCGUCAGUUUAACAGCACUGACGUUGAAGUAUUAUUGAUCUGGAUUUGUGGAAAAUUCAAUAUACUGGAAAGUUCGCCUAUGGUGACAUUUAUCCGUAUUUGGGCCCGUCACGAUCUGAUGAUUACGGACACGGAAAGAGUAAAAUACAUUAGGAUCAUGAUGAGUGUGGAAGUCAGUUAUAUAACAUGGUGAUCCUAUGAAUAGUUGCUCCCCUGACCACGAAGACCGGCGGAUGAUGAUAGAUGGACACACCAACACUUGGGUAGGUUUGGGAGUGUACGUCAUCCUGACCUAUCUCUGUUUUGAUACGGUGACGUGCGUAACGCCACAAUUCAGCGCACGCAUCGAGGGCGACGUCAUCCUCGGUGCGUUGUUCUCCAUCCACCACAAACCUCCAUCCGCUACGGCCUACUCUCGUACCUGUGGGAAGAUACGUGAACACUAUGGCAUCCAGAGGGUUGAGACCGUCCUCAUGACACUGGAUGAGAUCAACGACAAUGACAACAUACUUCCGGGCGUCAUUCUGGGCUGUGACAUCCGGGACUCCUGUUGGUAUUCCGCCAUUGCUCUGGAACAGAGCAUCGACUUCAUCAAGGACGCCAUUGCCAGCAAGACAGAGCCGAAUGGGACGUCAAACGGUGGCAACCAGUCCAGUGAGUGUAAAGAUGGAAACCUGCAACCUAUUGCCGGCCUCAUAGGGCCUGGGUCAAGUGAAGCGAGUAUACAAGUUCAGAAUCUGCUUCAAAUUUUCAACAUUCCCCAGAUAGGCUACUCCGCUACAAGUAUGGACCUGAGCAACAAGCUGCAUAAGUAUUUUCUCCGAGUUGUCCCUCCUGACAACUACCAGGCUCAGGCACUGGUGGAUAUUGUACUUCACUUUAACUGGACUUAUAUCUCAACUAUAAAUUCAGAUGGGAACUACGGAGUGCGGGGCAUGCAGGCAUUCAAGGCUAAGGCGGAAGAGAGGGGUAUCUGUAUCGCCACAACCAACAGUGUGUCCAGCUCUGGAACAGACGAAGAGUUCGACAAGGUUAUUCAAAACCUGAAGAGCAGACCCAACGCUUCUGUAGUGGUCUGCUUUUGUGAGGGGUUGACGAUCAAGGCGCUGCUCAAGGCGAUGGAGAGGAAUGAUGUGGAAGGGAAGUUCCUCUUCAUAGGCAGUGAUGGUUGGGGUAGUCGUGGUGAUGUCGUGGAGGGUGUCGAGAAACUGGCGGCGGGAGGGAUUUCCGUCAGGCUGUACUCGCCUCCUAUCCCUCGCUUUGACGACCACUACGGUAAACUGAGACACGACAACAACACCCGUAACCCGUGGUUCCAGGAAUUCUGGCAGGAGCGGUUCAACUGUUACCUCCCUGGCGACGACAGUGUCCCCCGGAAAAGCACUCCCUGCACAGGAAGCGAGACACUAGAGGGUUCGACUCAGGACUCCAAGCUUGGGUUCGUUGUGACGGCGGUUUAUACUUUGGCCCUCGCACUGGACCGGAUGCAGACUGCUCUGUGUGGUAGAGAGACCCGGGGACUGUGUUCCCAGAUGAAACCCAUCAACGGCACAGUCCUCCUCCAACACAUCCUCAACGUCACCUUCACCACGUACAGCAAUGAAACCUUCUCCUUUGACCACAAAGGUGACCCUCCUGGCAGAUACGACAUCGUGAACUACCAACGGAAUAUUAGCAGCGGGGACAAUGCAACGUACAACUACGUCACCAUCGGCUCAUGGAUAUCCGGGUCACUAGACAUGCGCGAGAAUAUGUUCUGGCCGGGAAAAGACCACGAGAAACCAGUGACCUCUGUCUGCAGCCUGCCCUGUGAGCUAGGUCACGUGAUGCAAGGGAAGGAUAUAGGCUGCUGCUGGGUGUGUACGCCAUGUAAGGACAACGAGAUUGUACGAGACAACGUCACGUGCAUGCCAUGUGACCGUGGCUGGAGACCAAAUUUCGACCUCUCAGAAUGUGAACGGAUACCUAUAGAAUUCACAAGUUGGUCCGAUACUGAAGCUAUUGUUUCCAUGGUGAUGGCGUGUAUUUGCAUCGUGGUAACGCUGUGGGUAUUUUACGUGUUUGUUCGGCACAACGACACGCCGGUGGUGAAGGCGUCGACACGGGAGCUGAGCUACAUCAUCCUACUGGGGACCGUCCUCGCCUACUGCUGCAACUUCGUCUUGGUAGCCAAGCCUUCAAUGGCGUCCUGCUACCUGUCUCGCAUCCUUCCAGGUCUUGCGUUCUCUCUCAUCUAUGGAGCGCUCGUCACAAAAACAAACAGGAUCGCCCGCAUCCUGGAGGGCAGUAAACGUAUCAUGACUAAGAAGCCGCGGUUCAUGAGCGCCUCUGCUCAGGUUGUGAUUACAGGUAUUGUGAUAGGUGUAGAGUGUGUUGUGAUCACGGUGAUGCUGAUCAUUGAGCCGGCGGACGCUCACGUGGACUACAGUAACAACAGGGUGCAGCUGGUGUGCAACAUUUCAACCCUGGGGGUCAUUGUGCCUCUCGGAUUUGACGUCUUCCUCAUCUUCAUGUGUACUCUGUAUGCCAUUAAGACCAGGAACCUUCCUGAAAACUUUAACGAGGCCAAGUUUAUUGGCUUCACUAUGUACACCACCUGUGUUAUCUGGUUAGGCUUCUUCCCCAUCUACUUCGGCGGCGACAGUAAGGUCGUGACGACGUGUAUCUCCAUCACGUUGUCAGCGUCGGUGUCCCUGGUGUUGCUCUUCUUCCCGAAGGUGUACGUCAUCGUUUGGUCGCCUGAGCGGAACACACGUGGUGCGUUCACAACGUCACGUGACGUGCGGUGUCACAUAGGCUCCAAAUCUCUUCCAUCCUGCGACAGCGUCGACAAAAAAGAGAAGAAGUAUGAGGGAUGGUUCAAGUCAGACAUCGGCCGUCCACCUGGAUCUCAGCAGAGCGACAAGCCAGGGGUGAAAAGGUCAAGCCUUCCCCCGUCCCAUGCAUCACCCCAACACAGGUGGUUCUGCACACAACGACCAAGUCAUAUCGCGGAAAUGCAGCAGUCCCGUCGAAGGUGCAAUCCAGGCCCUUCGAAGUUCCGGAAACAGAUGUCAGAAGACCUGGACAUGCUGUACUUACCUGCCCUUGAUACCUUCCAGGAGGAGCCGUGUACACCACAGGUUGAAGUCACUUUGAAAAAAGACGUUGAGUGUCAGACCGAGCUGGUCAAUGGGUGUGGUUUGCGACACAGGGCCUCGACUGAUAGUUCUGACUAUGGCGGCCAUAAAAAGGUUCUGGCGUGUUCCCCUCGCUGUUACUCCCCUGUAGUGCAUCACUUUGACAACAACCCCAAGACUCAUGAACGCUGGCCCCUACUGGGGCUGUACUCCGACGAAGAAGGGGACCCUGAAAGGGGAGGGGACAAAGAGGAAGAAAUUUUGGAUAAAGGCAGCGACUCCGACCUUAGUUAUUUAGAGGACAUGCAGUGUCUUGAAGCAGCAGUGCAUGGUGUAGACUACAAACACAGGAAAGACUCUCCCGUCAAACGUUUGAUGUCUGCCACCCCCUCAGAAAUCCAUUCCCUGUCUCCCUUGUCCACCCCUCGUGAUAAAAUUUCUCCUUUCUGCGUCUCCCCCGGGUCCCCCAGCCAGCCUUCCACCCUCUCCGCCAACGGUCCCCCUAGCCUCUCUGCCCCCUGUGCCUCCACCGUUACCCGCCCUGGUUUCAGCGCCUUCAGCAGCCAAGACUCCAUCUCCGGGGGCGAUGGGACAUUCCACAGCCUCCUGAGUCUGACCGGCAGCAUAGCGUCCGCCCGUACACCUGAAGAGGUGUCUGUAUUUUCACUGUCCCCACUGGACACGGAAGAGAGACGCAUGUUAGACUUCCAGCAGUAUCUCCAGACCAGGGGACUCAAAUUGGACAUGUCGUCAGUACAGACAAGUGACUUAUGACACCACAUGAUGUAGGUCUUGUCUCUCAGCUACUUAUCCACAACCCACGUUAAGACAUCGCAUGAACUUGGUCGUGUCUGUGAACAUAUACACUUCACCCUCGUCACGACGCUGCACGAAGUAGGUCUUG